GCUGUGUACAUGGGUAUGGAAGGACUAAACAAAAUUUGUGUGCUUUUCCUAGACCUGAGAAAAUAGGGUGAAACUAAAGAUAAGGAUGCCAAAGAAGGGGAUUAGUGUAUAAUCUUUUCACUAGACUCUCCGUCUCAUGCGUUUUUUUUUGUGCUGCGGUAUGACUCAUCUCAGGGCAGCGACCAUGCCUCCCGUAUCUAGCUUGUGAGCCAUUACCUUUAUCGUCUGCAUUGUUAAGACCUAGGGAGAGUGGCAGCGCAUACACGACCAGAUCUGCCAGCUUGAAGUAAUCGACUAUCCUGUUUUACUCGCUUCACGGUCAUAAAUGUUGGCCUAUAGUUUGAUGGAUCUCGUUGCAAGACGACAUCGUGACCUUGUCGUUGCCUUCUUUUAACCGGUAUCGUAAAUUACCAGGCUUGGAGAGUCUCCCAAGCCAGUUACUCCAAAGUUUCUGCAACCUUUUGAACUCUUAGGUCUGGUAACGUCCGGAACGAGGCUCUAGGCUAUUGGUUGGGUGCAUCCAGAAAUUACGGUAGUAAAGUCUGUGCGUUCAAUCUCCACAACAUUUAGGUGAUUCUAUACCUUCAUCAGCGAUCCGGAGAAUUUUCGUACGCUCAUUUCUACCCAAAGGCAAUUUCUCGUUGUGGAUACCUCGAAAAUUGAGUAAUAAAUUUGGGUUUUGGCCGAGAUUUCAGCCGAAAAAUAGCGAGGGUUGGUGCUCUCGACCCUGAGAUUGACAAGACUCUUUUUUUGAGGCACUCGACAAUAAUCUGACCUCGCAAGCAGUAGACUUGAUAUUUUUCGGAGUGUGGGGUUGCAAGCACGCAGCCUCGUGCAACAAACAAAAUCCCGUGGUGCGGUAUUUUAGUUUCGAGAUUUUUUAUGUCUGCCAUAGCUAGAAAAAGUUAUGCUUACUCUUUAUCAUCUGCCUUACGCCGAAGGAUUCGGCGCCAACGCACGCAAGGUUGCAAUUCUUCUCAAUGAGUUGGGAGUUGACUGGAAAGGUGAAGCUGUUCCAAGAAACGAGGUCCGUACUUCCUCUGAGUACGUUCUUCUUCAUCCUGACCGUAAGGUUCCUGUGCUCAAGGACGGCGAGACAACUUUGAUUGAGUCUGCAGCUAUAAUGCAGUAUUUGGCAGAGGUAUAUGGAUCCGGCAAGUUUCUCGAAUCAAAAUACGAUGCCCUCGCAUGGGUUUCGCUGCAAAAUGGGUUGUCAUCGGCAGUUGCGUCACUGGCCCAUGCUGAUGACGAGUCACAGACGGAAAAGGCGAUCAAUAACGCUAGGCACUACUUGGGACUUUUGGAAAACAAGUUAGCGUCUUCCAAGAGUGGAUAUAUUCUUGAUACAGGGUACACAAUUGCAGACAUUGCAUGGAUUGCAUUUGUUGACGAAAGACGCAAGGAGAAGCUUCGCCUUGGAAGCUGGGACCAAUUCCCAAAUAUUGCCAAGUGGCAGAAGAAGGUCCUUGCACGCCCGGCUGUUGCUAAGGCAUACGAGAACUAGUAGGCGUGUUCGAGGUAAAGGUGAUCCUCCAAAGGUGCCCAAGAAUCAACUGUAGCCCGAUGAUAGUACGGAUGAGGUGGUUUCAAGUGGAAAUUCCUCCUAAACCGUUUACGCCUACUUCAUUGAAGACUUUAUACACGAUAUGGACCAGCUUGAUGUUCAUUGUUUUUGAUAGUAAGCUAUGCAAAGAUCUUCAAGAGAGAAAUCCGAAGUAGACGUUCAUAACGAUUAGAAAUCACUAUCGCAUAAUUUUUCAUAGCAUACCUCACGUUGGAGCGGUACAAAAAUGGGCGCACUUACAUGUGAUAGUGUUUGGUAAAUAGACUUUUUGGCUAGCAUCCCGCUCAUCGGAGAAUAUUCUGCUCAAAAUUAAGGAUGCCCAUUACGGAAAUAGGUAUUUUAUCUUCAAAUAUUGUCGACGGAGAUUUUUUUGCAUACUUUUGCUACCCUAUUAAUAUGAUAACGACGAAAAAAGUUGAUUUUUUUUGGUACAAUAGUGUACAUAUAUAAGAGUGUUACUGCAACCUAAAAAAUGCUCCCAUACAAACAAUACCCUCCACAAUGCAACUGUCUACCUUAUGGGAACCGCCAAUAGUGAAUCCAAGAAACCUGAAAGCGACCUCAAUACCAAUUUUUAACCUAUGGAACGUCUAUGGAAGAAACUUCUUUUUCGGGUGGUUUGGUUUUUUUGUUUGUUUUCUUUCUUGGUUCGCGUUUCCGCCUCUUCUCCAUGGCAUGUUGAAGAAGGACCUAAGACUCACUGCAGUGGAUAUAUCCAAUAAUAACAUAUGUGGACUGACAGGAACUUUACUAGGCAGAUUCAUUUUGGGGCCCCUUAACGACAAGUAUGGCCCACGGAUUACUUUGACAGGCGUGCUGGUUGCAGGAGCAAUUCCGACUGCAUUUGUUCCUUUGGUUACAAAUGUUGCAGGUCUACAUGCCAUUCGCUUUUUUAUCAGCUUUCUAGGCUCCUCGUUUAUUUGUUGCUCCCAAUUCUGCGCUGUAUUUUUUGAUAACAACAUUAUAGGGACAGCAAAUGCCAUUUCUGCCGGUUGGGGAAAUGCUGGAGGAGGUGUGGCAUUCUUUGUCAUGCCUGCCAUCUCAAAUGCGUUGGAAAAUAGAGGUUACUCUUUGCACCAUUCUUGGAGCUACUCUUUUGUGAUUGGGCCGUUCUUAAUUUUGAUGAUCACGGCAAUACUGAUCUUUGUAUUUGGAAGCGACUGCCCGAGAGGCAGAUGGUCCCUUCGUGGAGAUAUCCUUGGUAUUAACAUGGAUAAUAUGCUCGUGAAGUCUGUCUCUGUCACAAGGCACUUCUCUAAGGAAGGAGAGCUCACUUCUGUAUUUGUUGAGCCUGUUAACGCAAUUGAUAAGGUCGUGGUUGAGCCCAAUCAAGACCAGGAAAUUCUUGAAGUCGCAGAUAUCAUAAAUGGUGACGAAAUCAUUGAAGACCCAUCGCUCAAUGACGUGGUCAAGAUCUGUUUAUCCCCGCGGACAAUGCUGGUCGGACUUUGCUACAUGUGCUCGUUUGGUACUGAGCUUGCAGUAGAGUCUAUUAUUUCCAACCUGUUCGGGCAAAAGAUGACAAACUGGAGCACCUCUAAAGCUGGAGCAUGGGGCUCAAUGCUUGGACUCCUGAACGUGGUGGCAAGACCAGCUGGAGGGAUCAUCUCCGAUUUUUUAUACCAAAGAUUCAAAACCACAAAGGCUAAAAAGUUCUGGAUGAUCUUCACUGGCCUGAUGCAGGGCAUUUUUUUGAUUUGGAUUGGACUAGUUCCGGAAUUAUCCAUCGCGGGACUCAUAGUGUCCGUUUCGUUUUUGUGUCUUUGGUUUGAGAUGGGUAAUGGUGCAAAUUAUGCAUGUGUUCCCGUUGUGAAUAGACAUCACAGUGGUAUUGUGAGUGGAGUUACGGGAGCAAUGGGUAACUUAGGAGGCAUUUUGUUUAGUUUAGUGUUCAGGUACACUAUAUCAAAUGGAGUGAACAACUACUUCAAGGCGUUUUGGAUUAUAGGAAUUGUUUGCACUGCUGUAAAUCUGGUCUGUGUGCUUAUUCCAAUUAGAGAGGAGAGGCCAAGGAAAGCGGAAAAUUGA